AUGCGAGUCGUGCUCGAUGUCACGGAGGGACUGAGGGAUCGCAACAUCACCUGCGACAAUUUCUUCACCUCUUACGAACUCGGGCAGCAGCUGCUGAAAAGGAAGAUGACCAUGGUUGGCACCGUUCGAAAAAAAAAGCCCGAGCUCCCGCUCGCGCUGCUCUCGCCGAAGGGAAGAGCGGUGUUCUCGUCGAAAUUCGCCUUCACGUCGACCACUGCCGCGGUCUCUUAUGUGUCCAAGAAAAACAAAAACGUGCUGCUGGUUAGCACGAAGCACACGGAGGCCGAAGUCAGCGAUCGCUGCGACAGAAAGCCGGUCAUCAUACUAGACUGCAACCGCUGCAAAGGAGGUGUCGAUAACCUGGACAAGGUGAUUGGAACCUACAGCUGUAGAAGGAUGACGGCUCGCUGGCCCCUGGUCGUGUUCCACAACAUCGUCGACGUUUCCUCCUACAAUGCCUUUGUGAUAUGGAGAGAACUAAACCCCGAAUGGAUGCCUCAGAAGCGGAACAAGAGAAGGGUGUUCCUAGAGCGACUGGGAAAGGCGCUGGUGACUCUGUUGAUAGAAUGA